GCCAUGGGGAUUGCCUUUUUAGGAGACACCUGAUCACUACUGAACUACCGGCCGCCCAACACAAAGAAACUCUUGAUGCGUUUGUUUUCACAUCCACCUUGGUACUGAGAAGCUCUACAAAGCUCCACGAGUGGGAAGAGAGAUUUUAUUGAAGUGGAGACAGGUGGUAGCUCCACAUCAAGCGGAAAUCUUCAUAGUGUGAGAGCCUGACAAAGUUGUUAUUCAGGAUGUUUUGGGGCAAGAUAAUUUGUUCUUCUUCCUUGGUUCUGUGACCGUGAGUUCGGUUGAUGUGCUGAAGAAUUACAUCUGAAAGGAGGUAAUACUUCAGCUUUUGUUUGUGCCAGGAGCCGUCUAGAUCGCAGGAGAAGUGACCACUUCAUUCAAGAGAACAACCUCUGUUGCUGUCCAGUAUGAUGGAGAAAUUCAAGGCCGCCAUGGUUUUGGGAGCUGUUGGUGAUGCUUUGGGCUACAGAAAAGGAAACUGGGUAAACUGCCAUUCAGGCAAGCAGAUCCAAGAGGAGCUGGCCUCUCUGGGGGGACUGGGGGCCCAGAAACUGGACCCGGAAAACUGGCCCCUGAGUGAUGCAACGCUGAUGCACAUCACCACAGCAGAAGCACUCAUAACAGAUUACUGGUGUCUGGAGGACCUGUACCGGGAGCUGGUGCGUCUCUAUGUUGAAGCCAUGGUGUCGCUGCAGGGCAGAGCACCUGACCCGGCCACAGUGGAGGGAUGUGUUCAUCUCAAACCUCACAACUUCCUGCUCGCCUGGCAUACACCCUUCAAUGAAAAAGGGUCUGGGUUUGGGGCGGCUGCCAAAGCCAUGUGUGUUGGUAUGAGAUACUGGCAACCUGAGAGGAUCGACAGCCUGGUGGAGGUCAGCAUUGAGAUUGGAAGGAUGACCCACAACCACCCCACAGGUUUCUUAGGCUCCCUGACAACGGCACUGUUUGCAUCCUAUGCCAUCCAGGGGAAACCUCUGGUGACUUGGGGCCGUGAGCUCAUGAAGGUCAUCCCUCAAGCAGAGGACUACUGCAGGAAAACCAUACGACACCUGGCAGAGUAUCUAGAGAACUGGUUUUACUUUGAGGCCAAGUGGCAGUUUUACCUGGAAGAGAGAGCAAUAGAGAAUGAAGACCAGAACAAACCCACCUUCCCUGAUCGCUAUGAUGCUGAGGAGACAGACAAGAUUUAUAAGCACUGGAGCUCAGAGGGCCGUGCGGGCCGCAGAGGUCAUGAUUCCCCCAUGAUAGCCUACGAUUCCCUCUUGGCAGCAGGGGGUGACUGGGCAGAACUGUGCAAAAGAUCCAUGUUUCAUGGAGGUGAAAGUGAAGCCACAGGCCUGAUCGCAGGUUGUCUCUAUGGCCUCAUGCACGGCCUGAGUCAGGUUCCCCCAAGCCUGUACCAGGAUUUGGACAAAAGGGAGCGUCUGGAGGAGCUGGGAGAAAAGCUUUACAAAGCAGCAUCUGCAGAGAAGUGCAUAGACAAGUAAUCCUUCUCUACACUGGCCUGAACCCUACUGGCUAUCAGGGGAACUGCACAAGGCUGCUUCCCUUUGUCCCACACUUCCCUCUCUUUCUUAGAAUCCUAAUAGUCUAUAGGGGCACCAUGUCCUUUCCUUGCCUGUACUCCCCCCACUCUUUGAUUUAGCUUUUUCGCAGUUCAUGAAUUGGAAAAUAAUGCAAAUUUGAGGCAGAGGAACAUCAAAAGGGAGACCAUUUAGGGUAUUGAGGUUCAGCCUUUGUCAUGACUCAAGACUGCUUUCAUUUGAGGUCAUCUCUCUGGAGCUGCAUCUGCACUCAGUUGCAUAUUUGUCAAUUGAUGGCAGGGAGGAAUAACCGGUCUCCAACUCAUAUUAUUCUGACAGAACUGUGAGGAAAAGAAAAACUAUUCUGCUUUUUUUAAUUUUAUUUUAAUUGAGAAUAGUACGAUAAUUUCCUUCUCUGGCAUUUUCCCUCUUCUAAAGCUAACCACGAUUAACACGAAGCACAAGGUUAUGUCGUGUCAUGGAGGAUCUAUUCCUUCAAAACAUUGUGCAAACCUUUAAUAAACUAACAGAUUUUAAGAUUAAGUAGUUUUGCAUCUAAAUACAUAUUCUUUUAAUUGUUUGAACACAUUCGUGCAAUAGCAUUACUUUGAUCUUAUACUGUGAUAAACUAUUAUUUGCACUGUGAUGCUCUUAUCAGGUAUAAUAUUAGUGUACUAUUUUGUGAAAGUUACUAGCAAUUUCCUGGUGAAUAUAUGAUGUGAAUAUUAAACUGGACUCAGAUAUAUAUCAUGCAUGAAGUGCCUGUCUUUUUUUUUUAUCUUAACUACAAAAUUAAUUUUGAUGAGCAGCUUGUAUCCUAUCUUAAUUUGCUACCAGAUCGCCUCAGAACCCUACUCUGCAAUCCCCUGCACUAAUAACAAGUAACAAUUUCACGCUGCUGGAGCACCUCACUUCAAGUCUGAAAAUGGUACCUGCUCUACUUUGCUGCGGGGCUGGGAGGAAUUCUGGUAUAUCCAGUUCAAGCUGAAGUUCUGUUUAUUCACUCAAAUAGAAGAUUAAUAAGUGAGAGACAACAUCAAGCUUUUUGGAGAUCACUUGGACUAGCUUUACCGCCCAUAUUUCAAAAUUGUGAGGUACCAUUUUUACAUUCUAUAACCUGUUUAGUAUAUUUACUACGUUCAUUCUCAAAAUAGUGCAAGACCAAUAAAAUGCUCUUCCAAGAUACAAUUUAUUAAAGCAUAAUUGAAAAAAACAUUUAUACAAUAAUUGAGUUCUGUUAAAAGUCUCAGUGAGAAUUAAGUCAAAUUUUAACCACAUUUGAACUAAAUCAAAUAUUGAAAAUCUCAAAACCCUGUGCUCAGUUGACAUCACAUUGUUGGUUAUAAGUGACCUGACUGAAGUAAUUACACACCUCCUUACAAUUAUGCAUCCAGCACUGACACUGAUUUAAUGAUUUGCCAAACAGCUGUCUAACUAUUCAGGUAUGCUGAAAUCCAGAUUGCUACAAGGAUUAAGUUUUGCGUGUCCUUUAUUCUCCAUAGACCAGAUUCUCGGAAAAGCAGUAUCAGCCCUGAUGCCAGUAAGUUGAGGAAGUUGAUUAGAGACCGCAGCUGCCAUCCUGUUCUGCGAGGGAUUCUGGAGAGUCUCCUGCAUUACCUUACAAAGGAUCUGCCCAUGAGGACCAACGGAAACCAACGUGGACAGAAGCCAUGGUUCGAUGUUGUAGGCGAAAGUUACACAGAUGUGCCUGAUCAGGAAGUUGGGCAAACUCAACUUCAUAUAAAUUGCAUCAUUUUUCAGCCAUCUGAAGAGCAUAAAACGACCAACGGAAAGAGAGCUGGGACCAGUUUGAAAAUUCCUGAAAGAUGCUGUACAGAACGACCGAAGGACAGAUGGCCAAGCAAGUAUGGAGGAGAUAUAAAAACAGGAGGCUUAAUACAACGACGUCUUACCACAUUCCAGCUCCUCCAAUCCAAAUUCAUACGCUCCACACCUAAACCUCCCAUCACCCACCAAAGGGAAGUAGGAACUCUGUGCUCUGGCAGAACAUUCGCAGCUAAUGUGAACCACUGCAGAGACAGUGAGAAUGUCAUCAACAAGAGGGAUCGGACUAGAAGAGGACAAGGAAUGAAGACGGGGGCCAGUGUCAAACAUAUUGUGGCCAAGUUUGCUAAAGCUGAGCAGAAAGAAAAGGGAGAGAACAUGCUGAAGAAACAGCCAAUCACACCAAGUGUCAUCGGAAAAGGGAUACUCCUGUCUUCAUUAAUGGAGAGGUUUGAGAACAUUGCCACUGUAUGUAGGGGAUCUGACUUAAGAGGUUCACAUGAAAAGCCUUCUGCAAAAGUCAAGGUGACAAGUAAUAUAAAACAGAGGGUAUCUUCUAAUGAAACACAGCACCGAAAGGCACUAGAUCCGCCUGUUCACAAACACAGCCAACAAAAGCAGAAGAAAAGUAAAUCUGUUGGACAUCAGUUGAAUGGAAAUACAUCCACAAAUGGGCAAAACAACAAACAGCAAAGACCAGAUCAGGCCAUAGACCUUUUGACAAAAGUAAACUCAAGCAUGGAAGAAAAAGGUAAUUUGAAAGCAGAACAAAUUACGCAAACAGUGGGCCACCAAUCAGGUCAAAACUCUGAAAGCCAUUGCUCAUCAAACCAUACAGAACAAACUUCCAAUAAUGAUGGUAAGGGUUGGAGGACAGAGGAUUAUGAGGAAAUUCAGACUAUAGCUGAAGAAACCAGUAUCGCCAUCAAGUUAAAAUAUGGACAUCCAGAGCUGCUCUGUCUAUCAUCUGUCACUGAGACGUUGCUCACAGAUCCUUGUAGGCUUCUUCCACAGGUAGAAGACGAGGUGAUGUUGCAUGUGGCGACCAUCGUGACCUGCUGUCCUGUGUGGUCAACCUGUGUAGAUUAUUCUCCUAAACUACAUUCCCUGGAACAAUCAGAAAGCCCAACCGUGGAAAAGAUACCAAACAUGAAGAUGGAAGUUUGUCAUAUAGAUCUACAAAAUGUGAGAAUAGGUGACACAGCUCCUUCAGGGAGAUGUCAAAUAAAGCCGAAGAUUGAGGAACUUUCUUCAAAUACAAGCCUUAAACCAAUGGAGGAGAGAGCAGUGGAAGAUCCAAGUGACACUGCAGCUCUUUCAGGGAGAUGUCAAAUAAAGCCAAACAUUGAGGAACUUUCUUCAAAUACAAGCCUUAAACCAACGGAGGAGAGAGCAGUGGAAGAUCCAACCAAAGCUAUGAGCGUUCAAAGAAGGACGCCAAUGUACGUUAUCCCUUGUGUUCGCAGAUUUGGAUUAGAUGCUGCGGAUGAGAGUCAAUCAGGACCGCACCCAGAAAUCAUAACUCCUUUGGAUGGAACAGGGACACUUAAGUCUGAUAGUUCUAUAACUGCAUUUGACCAUGGAUUGGUGCCAAUAGGACCACACGUAUUUCCUCCUAACAAAAUGAAAGGACAAACCCUUAUAACUGAAAAAAAACUAACCGGCAGUAAAGCACAUGAAAAAGACAAGGAGGCCGGAGAGGGAAGAGAGGAUGUAACAACAAAGGACAUCAAAUAUAGUGUGCCACAAAGUUUGAGACUUUCUGAAGACAGUGCCAUUAAGGAUGCAUUUGAAGACACCAGGAUUUCUGCAGUAACAAAGAUUCAACCUGAGAGACACAGUCCUAAACAGAGACCAAAGUACAAAACAAUCAACUAUGGGGAUCCUUCAGUCAAACAAAUAUAUAAACCCAAAACCAUACGAUUUACUGACACCUUUAACUUCUAGCUUGGUAGUAUUUAACAGUGAGUGAUGCACACAGGAAUGUUGUACAAGGAAUUCAAACUUUAGUUCAUCUGAAUGUACCCUCAUGCGUUAGCAAAAAUACAAAGUUAAUACAAAGUAACAGCUACAGAAACGCAGUGGAAACAAGUGAACGUGGUGUUUUUAAGCCAGAAGCUAGAACAUGCAAGAAAAUUGCUCAGGCAAAACCCCACUGUAAACACUUAUCUUGUGUAUAAUUAUCACAACAUUGUUCAAUUAAAAUCUAAUGUAUAAUUUAACAGGUUUACAUAUUCAUAAAGGCGCUUUACACUAUAGUCCACCUCAAUAUUUAUUUAUAGCAAUGAUAACGUCCAAAUAAACUACUACAGUUACACUAGCUGGCCAAGAACUUAUCAAGGUUGUUACAAAUAGUAACAUUCCUCAUAUUAUCAGGACUGUUAACUUCUUAGGCUGCAUGGAGCCUUACAUGUUAUGCUGUAUAUAUAUAUUUACAUGUAUAAUAAACAUAUAUGUUAGGAGGACUGAACGUAGAAGUAAAGAGCUAAACAGCUUUACAUUUGGAAGGUGAAUUAUGAUUUAAUUCAGUAUAAAUCUAUGUUAAUCCAUCCAUCCAUUUUCAUCCAUCCCCUCUCCAUAGCAUCCUUUUCCAGCUCCUCCUAAGCGCUCACAAACCAGAUUAUUUCAGUGUCAGGUGCAUGCUGCUUACAGUUUUUUUCAGUUGCUAACACACUAAAAUGACACAUAAAGCAUAGUUAUUAAAACUCACACUCAAAGGGCAAAACCUCAGCUUAAAUCUCCAAAACUCUAAACACAUUUUCAGCUCCCCAAUGUGCAAUUCAACUUGGUACGUUUUGCAAGACAAUGCCCACAGUUCUCUAAGUAAGACACAUUUUCAAAACACUGCCAUUAUAAUUGCUACACACAUGAAUCAACACAUCAUUAACACAUGCCAAAUGAACAUAAAAACAGAACUUAUUUUUGUAAAAAUGUUAACUCUUACCAACAACAAUGGAUAUAUCCGAUGGCAGCAAGUGGGAAUAUGUAGAGGGAGGAUAAGUAGUUGAAGAGUUAUUUGCAACGGUUGAAGCUGUGUGACCGUCAGGCUGUAGGUGCAUGCUUCUUCUGAGUGUUGAUGGGGGGCUCUGGCCAGACCCAGCUAGGGGAUGAGAUGCAGCCUAAGCACUUUUCUUUCCUCUGUUUUUUGUUAAAAGAUUGAUUUUUCCUCAAAGUUUUCCUUUCGAUGUACUGUAUUUGACAGAGGCAUCAUUUUUGUUUACAACUGUAACUAUGUGUUGUGCAUGACUGUUGCACCAAUUUGUUUUGGA